GUGUGUGUGUGUGUGUGUGUGUGUAUUUGUGUGCCGCGCACCUUCACUCUUCAGCAUUUUUAUGAGGUAGUCGAGAGAAGCAGGUCUGCAUCUGCUCCAUCGUUUUCAAUGAAUUGUCAUUACAUUCCUGCGUCCGGCAGCUGACAAACUCAACAGCACGUUGUGGACAGAAAGAGGAUUUUGCGUUAUUAUUAUUAUUUUAUUACUCGCCGUUUAUCAGAGCUAUUGUCAAGAUUCGAGCUGCUGAGCAGACUGAGUCAUGGCGCAGGGAAAUAAUUAUGGGCAAAGCAGCAACGGGGUGACGGAUGAAUCUCCAAACAUGCUUGUCUACAGAAAGAUGGAAGAUAUCAUAGCACGUAUGCAAGAAGAAAAAAACGGGAUUCCCAUCCGUACAGUGAAAAGUUUUUUGUCGAAGAUUCCCAGUGUUUUUUCUGGUUCUGAUAUUGUACAGUGGAUGAUCAAAAACUUGAGUAUUGAAGAUCAAGUGGAGGCCCUGCAUAUUGGAACCUUGAUGGCAGCACACGGAUACUUCUUUCCAAUCUCAGACCAUGUACUAACGCUGAAGGACGAUGGCACAUUCUACAGAUUUCAAACACCAUACUUUUGGCCAUCGAACUGUUGGGAGCCUGAAAACACUGACUAUGCGGUUUACCUCUGCAAGCGAACAAUGCAAAACAAAGCAAGACUGGAGCUUGCAGACUAUGAAGCUGAGAGCUUAGCCAGGCUACAGAGAGCAUUUGCUCGGAAAUGGGAAUUUAUUUUUAUGCAAGCAGAAGCACAAGCAAAAGUCGACAAGAAACGAGACAAAAUUGAAAGGAAGAUACUUGACAGUCAAGAAAGAGCCUUUUGGGAUGUUCACAGGCCAGUUCCUGGUUGUGUAAACACUACAGAAGUAGACAUAAAGAAAUCAUCAAGAAUGAAAAAUCCUCAUAAAACCAGAAAGUCUGUAUACGGAUUACAGAACGAUAUCCGAAGUCACAGUCCUACCCACACUCCAGCCCCUGAAGCCAAGCAACCAACUGCAGAAGAGUUGCAAGACAAGAUAAAAUUCUGGCAAGUCCAAUUAGAUAGGCAUCGAUUAAAAAUGUCUAAAGUUGCAGAAAGUUUAUUAGGCUACACGGAACAGUACAUUGAAUAUGACCCAUUUCUCACACCUCCUGACCCUUCAAAUCCCUGGAUUUCAGAUGAUACCAGCAUCUGGGAGUUAGAAGCGAGCAAAGAGCCCGGCCAGCAGAGGGUGAAGCGAUGGGCCUUUGGUAUUAAUGAAGUUUUAAAAGACCAAGUGGGACGAGAGCAGUUUCUCAAGUUUCUGGAGUCUGAGUUCAGUUCAGAAAAUCUGAGGUUUUGGUUAGCGGUCCAAGAGUUGAAAAAAAGGCCCAUUCGUGAGGUACCAACUCGAGUCCAGGAGAUAUGGCUGGAAUUUCUGGCUCCAGGGGCUCCCAGUGCCAUCAACGUAGACUCAAAAAGUUACGGCAAAACAACGCAAAACGUGAAAGACCCUGGUAGAUACACUUUUGAGGAUGCUCAGGAGCACAUUUACAAGCUGAUGAAAAGCGAUUCCUACGCUCGUUUCAUACGUUCCAGUGCCUACCAGGAGCUGCUACAGGCCAAGAAAAAGAAAAGUAAGAACUUAUUUUGAAGGAUUUUGCUUCCAGGGAAAACCACUUACUUCUAAGAGGCUAACAGGUCUUGCGCAGUCAUAUUAAACAAUACAAACCUUCUCUUGGAAGAGGACCGUUCCAUUUAUACAUAAUUGUAGUCCAGUUUACUCAGCAAAGUCAGAGGACAGUAGACCAUUUGUUGCAUGUCUGAGGAACUAGUUUUUUUUUUUUUUUUCUCCUGUGUGUGGUAAGGCAGUAUGGACUUCUAAUGCCUCUCAGUUUUGUAUUCAUCUGCUCACUUCCUUUCAUAUCAGCUGGAUCUGUGUGUUUAUCGCCAGCUGUACAUUGAAAUAAUAAUUUAAAAAAGCUUCUACCUAGAAACAUGAUCAUCACCCACCAAACAGAAGCAUAACAAAGUAUGCAUAUAUAAUUGGAAAUACAUAUGCCAUUUGCCAUUUACUGCACCACAAGAGCUAGCACAGAAGGUUCCCAUCACCCUUGUAAAGUCACAUUCUGAAAAAAACAAAAGCUGAAUCUUUGUCCAAUGUAGUCUGUAAUUCUUUCUUGCAUUCCUUUUUUAUACCAUAUUUCAAAACCUUUUACUUAAUGUAUUAAAGUUGUACCUUUGUCUGUU